AUGCAUGCCAGAAACCCCCAUUCUCCUUUUCAAAGACUACAUAUGAUGGAUUGCGAUCUUUCAGCUCAGCAGGACACAGGGACCAUGCAAGCUGUAAUUGGUCAGGAUCCAAUGAUAGCUGGACAAGUCAGUAAGCCCUUGCUGUCACUGCGGAGUGAAAUGAAUGCAGAGUUGAGAGGUGAGGACAAGGCAGCUACUUCAGACAACGAGCUGAAUGAGCCCCUGCUUGCGCCUGUGGAAUCAAAUGACAGCGAGGACACUCCCAGCAAGCUCUUCGAGGCCAGAGGAAAUACAGUGCUGCCUGACACCAGCCCAGCAGACCAGCACCAACACAGUCAGUCCCAUCCUGCAUUCCCUGUUGGGCCUCAGCCAUUACUGACAGCCCAACAGUUAGCCUCAGCAGUAGCGGGGGUGAUGCCAGGAGGCACUCCAGCCCUCAAUCAGCCGAUCCUUAUUCCUUUCAACAUGGCUGGGCAGCUAGGGGGCCAACAAGGACUUGUCCUAACUCUACCUACAGCCAAUCUCACCAACAUCCAAGGGCUGGUAGCAGCAGCUGCAGCAGGAGGCAUCAUGACUUUGCCAUUGCAAAAUCUACAAGCUACCUCAUCCCUGAACUCCCAGCUUCAACAGCUUCAGCAUCUUCAGCAGCUACAGCAUCAACAGCAGCAGCAGCAGCAAGGUCAGCAGCAGCAACAGCAGCAGCAAAGCCAGCAGCAGCAGCAAAGUCAGCAGGCACAGACUCCACAGCCACCCCAGCAGACCCAGCAACCACAACCACAGCCGUCAGCACCACCGCAGCAGAACCAAACACAGUCCCAGAGCCAGAGCCAACCGCCUCCAGCCCCACAGUCCUCCAGCUCCCCUCAGAAACCCAGCCAGUCACCAGGGCAUGGCCUUCCAUCUCCUCUUACUUCACCAAAUCCAUUGCAGCUGGUUAAUAAUCCUCUAGCAAGUCAAGCAGCAGCGGCUGCAGCAGCAGCAGCCAUGGGCUCAAUAGCAAGCUCCCAGGCCUUUGGCAAUGCCCUCUCCAGUCUUCAGGGGGUCACAGGUCAGCUCGUCACUAAUGCACAAGGACAGAUUAUUGGAACAAUCCCACUGAUGCCUAAUCCAGUCCCCUCCAGCCAGGCAGCAGGUGGAGCUCAGGGACUUCAGGUGCAGCCAAUAACUCCACAGCUGUUGACCAAUGCCCAGGGUCAGAUCAUCGCUACAGUCAUCGGCAACCAGAUACUCCCAGUGAUCAAUACCCAGGGAAUAACACUAUCGCCGCUCAAGCCAGGACAGCAGCUCCAUCAGCCCUCCCAGACGCAAGUGGGACAAGCAGCCUCACAACCCAAUCUCCUGCAUUUGGCUCACAGUCAAGCAUCUAUGUCUCAAAGCCCAGUGCGUCAGGCUUCCUCUUCUUCCUCCUCAUCCUCCUCCUCUUCAGCUUUGAGUGUUGGCCAGUUAGUCAGCAAUCCUCAGACAGCCACGGGAGAGGUGGAUGGGGUGAAUCUGGAAGAAAUCCGAGAAUUUGCCAAAGCUUUUAAAAUCCGGCGCCUGUCCCUUGGCCUGACACAGACUCAAGUUGGCCAAGCCCUAAGCGCCACCGAAGGCCCGGCCUAUAGCCAGUCUGCCAUCUGCAGACACACCAUCCUGAGAAGCCACUUUUUCCUACCACAGGAAGCCCAAGAGAACACUAUAGCUAGCAGUCUGACAGCCAAACUGAACCCUGGCCUUUUGUAUCCUGCCAGGUUUGAAAAGCUGGACAUCACCCCUAAAAGUGCCCAGAAGAUAAAGCCGGUGCUUGAGCGGUGGAUGGCUGAGGCUGAGGCCCGCCAUCGAGCAGGUAUGCAGAACCUUACCGAGUUUAUUGGAAGCGAGCCAUCCAAAAAGCGCAAGAGGCGUACCUCAUUCACGCCACAAGCCCUUGAAAUCUUGAAUGCCCACUUUGAGAAGAACACACACCCCUCUGGGCAAGAAAUGACAGAGAUUGCAGAGAAACUGAACUAUGACCGGGAAGUAGUUAGAGUUUGGUUCUGCAAUAAGAGGCAAGCACUGAAGAACACAAUUAAACGUUUGAAACAACACGAGCCCGCGACGGCAGUUCCUAUGGAGCCUUUAACGGACUCUCUGGAAGAAAACUCCUAA